AUGAGGUGGCUGCAGUCGAUCGCGCUCAUAUCGGCACUCGUGCUGGCUCUGGCUUCGGCCAGUCCAACCCCGAUCAAGGCCAACGCCAAACCGCAUCAUCAUCAGGAACGCAUGUCCAUGCGCAAGAUGCACAAGUCCGACCAGCAGGGCUCGGGCACGUCGUACUCGUACGAUCAGCGCCACGACGCCGCACCCGUCUCCUACGUACACUACACCACCCACACGACCAACGAUCACCUGCCCUACGAUCCGGCCUAUCAUCAGAAUUUCGUCAACUCGCAUCCACCACCACCACCACCACCACCAUCCCCACAGCAAUACGGAGCUUACGGUGACUACGAGGACUAUCCUGAACAGCGGCAGCAUUACCGGGAGCAACCCCUAGCUCCGUACUACGAGCCGGUGCCGCAUCUGCAGCCACCCGCGCAUCACCAGCACUCCGUUUAUCAGCAGUAUCAUCGCGAGGAGCCGCACUACGCACUCCCGCUGCCACCUCCAGUUGUGGAGUAUGCACCAGUAGUACCAGCCCAUCACCACGAACCCGUUCACGUUGUGCCCCAUCGUCCCCAUCAUUAUCAUCCCCAUCCUCAUCACGACGACGAUGGCGACGACGACGAUCAUCAUCACGAACCCCAUCAUCAUCAUCGUCAUCAUCAUCAUCACGGAGACCACGGCGAGGAGGAGCACGAAGCUGAGCACGAGGAGGAGCAACACGAGGAGAGCGGCGAGAAGGGAGAGAAGGGCUACUCCGGCAAACACGACUACGAGGAAGCCAAGCACGACGAUCACGACAUCAAGCACGACAAAGGCGAGUACGAGGAGGAAGCCGGCCACGAGAACGGCCACGAGGAGUCGGACGGACACUACGACGCCGAGAAAGAGGCCGUUUCGGAGCAGCAGGGCGGCGCCUACGGCCAAGAGUCCUACCACAAGAAAGGCUCCAAGACGACGGGCUUCCACAACGUCUAUCGCAAGGACGAGUACAAGAAGAACACGGACUUUUACGACGAGGACCACAAGGGCGGCCAGCACGAAAAGUACGGCUCUCAGGACGCGCGCCAUCAGCAGGAGGCAGGGGGCUACCAGAAGGGCGCCAGUCACGACGAGGCCUACGACGACGCGGAGCACGCGAAAAAGGGCCACUACGACAAGGGCCACGAGAGGGGCGAGAAGAGCGGACACAAGGGCGCCCAAGGCCACGACAGCUAUCAUCGGCAGCACGCGGAUUACGCGCAGGACGCCGGCUCGAGACACUCGAUUCUCGGGGAUAAAAAUGACUUCGAUUUUUCCGACGACUUCAAGCCACCGGACUCGGGGGAAUUCGAUACCGGGGAUGAUUUAUCGAGUCAUCGUGAUGGAACUCACGAACAUAAUCAUCAUCAUCACCACCAUCAUCACCACGACGAGCACGAACACGGCGAGCACGGGGAGCACGGGGAGGAGGGCGAGAAAUCGAGCGAAGGGCACGAAAGCAAGUCGGAGCACGAAAAUUCCAAGGGAUACAAGGAGAAGAAAGAGAAGAGCGGCGAGUUCGAGGCUGAAAAGGGUGAGAACAAGUCGCAUUUGGACGAGGCCAAGACGUUCGUCGCUGAGAAGGAGGAAGCCAAGGCGGCCAAGGGCGAACACCACGAGAGCUCCGAGGGCCACAAAAAAGGCUCCAAGACGACGGGCUACCACAACGUCUACCACAAAGACGAGUACAAGAAGGACACGGAGUUCUACGACGACGAGCACGAGGAGCACAAGGAGCACAAGUACGCGCACGAGGACGAGCAGCAGCAGCACGCCGAGGCCGAGCACAAGCGCCUGGAGCACCUGGACGAGGCGCACGAGCAUAGCGAGGCCGCGAGGAAGGGCCACUUCACCAACGGUCACCAGUACGGGGGCGCCGAGGGACACGCCAAGGAGGAGGGCGCGAGCGAGCACAGCAGCAAAGAGCAGGAGAGCGCCAAGAAGCACUCCGAGAGCAGUAGCAGCAGCAGCGUCUCGCACAGUAGUUGA